AUGUCUAGCUUCAACUUCACUGACCGUGCGCAGCAGUCAGUCGCUGCUGCACUCCAACUUGCCAAAGACUAUGCUAACGCCCAAGUAUACCCCGUCCACUUGGCCUUCGUCCUUCUCAACGAAGGUUCUGGCGGCGCCGAAUCAAAGCAACAUUCUCUUUUUUCUUCCGUUAUCCAGAAAGCCGGUGGCGAACCACAACUCAUGAAUCGUGCUCUACAAAAGCAGAUCGUUCGCCUGCCGACGCAAGAGCCUGCACCAGAAGAUAUCUCGAUUUCCUCUGCUGCCAUGAAAGUCCUCAACGAGGCGCAGUCCGUACAAAAGAACAUGCACGACAGCUACAUAGCCCAAGACCAUCUCCUCCUCGCUCUCAUUAAGGACUCAACUAUCGCCACCGCACUCAAAGAAUGUUCCCUUACCGAGGCUUCCCUCAAGACCGCCAUUCAGCAAACACGAGGGGACCGACGCGUCGACAGUAAACAAGCUGAAGAGGGCUUCGAUGCUCUGCAGAAGUACGCCGUUGAUCUGACAGCCCUCGCUGAAGAAGGGAAAAUCGAUCCAGUCAUCGGGAGAGACAACGAAAUUCGACGCGUAAUCCGUAUCCUCUGUCGAAGAACAAAGAAUAACCCAGUUCUAAUCGGAGAGCCUGGUGUAGGAAAGACAGCUAUCGCUGAAGGCCUAGCUCAACGCAUCGUGAAACGCGAUGUUCCAGCUUCACUAUUUUGCCGUCUCUUCAGCCUGGAUAUGGGUGCACUAAUGGCGGGUGCAAAGUACAAAGGCGAAUACGAGGAGCGGGUAAAGGCUGUCCUAAAUGAAGUCGAGAAGGCUGUAGAGGAAGGCACUGGAGUGAUUCUCUUCAUCGAUGAACUCCAUCUCAUCAUGGCAGGAAGUGGUAGUGAAGGAGGUGGAAUGGAUGCAGCGAACCUCUUCAAACCUCUCUUGGCGCGCGGGAAGUUGCGAUGUAUCGGCGCGACGACCCUCGCCGAAUAUAGAAAAUACAUCGAAAAGGACGCCGCCCUCGAACGCCGAUUCGCUCAAGUAAUCGUCAACGAGCCUUCCGUCCCCGAAACGAUCUCGAUCCUUCGAGGUAUUCGGGAGAAGUACGAGGUGCACCAUGGUGUGAGGAUCCACGAUGGCGCUCUCAUUAGCGCCGCACAACUCGCACAUCGCUACCUCACGGCGAGAAGACUUCCGGACGCCGCCAUCGAUCUGGUCGACGAAGCGUGUGCAAGUGUUCGUGUCACCCGCGAGACCGCUCCUGAGGAGAUCGACAAGCUCGAGAGGCGCAAGCUUGAGCUUGAAGUCGAAAUCCAUGCGCUUGAACGCGAAAAGGACGAAGCGAGCAAAGAGCGUCUUAGCGUCGCUCGCAAAGCUAUCGCGGAUGUCGAGGACAAACUUGCUCCUCUUAAGGCCGCGUACGAGAAUGAAAAGAAGCGUGGAGAUGAGAUCACUAAUCUGCGUCGACGGAUUGAUGAGCUGAAGGCGAAAGCAGAUGAAGCCGAGAGAAGAUACGAUCUUGCAACCGCAUCGGAUCUUCGUUACUACGCUCUCCCUGAUCUGACCCAGCGAGUCGCCCAGCUUGAGGCAAAGAAGGCGGAGGAAGAUGCUGCCGCAGGUGGUGGAACCGAUACCGUAACGUCUGAACAGAUUGCUGAAAUUGUUGCCCGAUGGACAUCUAUUCCGGUCACGCGACUUUUGUCAACGGAGAAGGAGAAACUUCUGAGGAUGGAGAAGAUCCUGUCCGAAGAAGUUGUUGGACAACCAGAAGCAGUCAAGGCUGUUGCAAAUGCUAUUCGUCUUACGAGGAGUGGACUAGCAAACGCACAACGUCCGAUUGCGAGCUUCCUUUUUGCUGGACCGUCUGGAACUGGAAAGACAUUGCUUAGCAAGACUCUCGCCUCUAUCCUCUUUGACUCAAAGGAAGCAAUGAUUCGUAUCGAUGCGUCGGAGUAUUCAGAAAAGCAUGCUAUAUCUCGUCUAAUUGGCGCUCCUCCAGGCUAUGUUGGUCAUGACUCUGGAGGACAGCUCACUGAAUACAUCCGUCGCAAACCGUAUUCAAUCGUUCUCAUCGACGAAAUCGAAAAAGCCUCGCGAGAGUUUGUCACGUUAUUCUUACAAGUACUCGAUGACGGCCGGCUCACUGACGGGCAAGGUCGCGUUGUCGACUUCCGCAACACAGUGAUUAUCAUGACGUCCAACCUCGGUGCUGCAUAUCUUAACGAAAUGGGUGAUGGACCCGUUAGGCCGGAGACUCGCGCACUCGUCAUGAGCGCAAUCCAAGGACACUUUCCACCCGAGUUCAUCAACCGUAUUGACGAAGUUGUAAUCUUCCGCUCGCUUUCACGCAGAAACAUAACGAAGAUUGUCGAUAUACGUCUCAAAGAAGUACAGGAGCGGCUUAGCGACCGGAAGAUGGCCCUCAAUGUCUCUCCCGAAGCGAAAGAAUACCUGGCAUCCGUUGGAUAUUCGCCUGUCUACGGCGCCAGACCGCUCAAUCGUGCAGUCCAGUCUGAGCUCCUCAACCCUCUCUCAAUUCUCAUCCUUGAAAAUGCCGUACGCGACGGCGAGAUGAUUAACGUGCAAUUUGAUGGACCGCAUAACCGACUGUACAUCGUGCCCAAUCACGAGGCAACAGCGAAGAUGGACGUAGAUUGGGAUGAUGAUGACAUUGAAAUCGAAGAGAUGGAUUGAAAUGAUCGCAAUUUUUUCUUAAUUUGACCACUCAAUACUUACUCGUUUUGCUAUCUUCAAAUAUCUUGUAUAUUUUACUGUGCAAGCUGUAUUAAUAGACAUGCAACCAAUGUAAACUAGAUCAGUACAAUAAACUUGUUUCUUGAAGGUUAAAAUUCUUUGGCCAUAAGCAAGAUGCGUCAAGGUAAUGUACAUAAAUCAUGGAUACAGGGAGGACACCUUUUUUUAAUCAGCGGCUAAAAUAUUCAAUGCAAACAAAAAAACAACGUGGUUCAAUGUUGCAGCGAAUCAGAAAUCGUGUUAUAAUCAGGUUCUGGCUCAUGAAGAUAAGAAAAUGCCGGCUCGUGGUUUCUGGGCUUGACCCAUUCAAACUUUUUAAGACCAAAGUAUUCCGGUUUAUUCUGCCUUGGCCCAUUCAACUCAACGAACUGGUACCGUGGCUUGCCUGUGACAUCUCUACCAAUAUACGUAGCUGCGAUAUGCUUGAUCCCAGCCCUCUCUAAGUGCUCGUAGAAAUGAUGUUCAACGAUAUCAUUGAAUAGCUCGACGGCUCUUUCAUUCGAAGGAUCCCAACGUUGACCCUGAAGGAACCUCCGAUAGUCUUCUGUCAUCCACGCGAAGUUCUUCUCGUAUGCAUCUCGAAGAAGGAUGCUAUAGUCGCAAUCAGCGACGGGACAGUACCACUCCGACGAUCCUGCGGGAAAGACUGGCGGACCGUAUGCCAAUUCCUUCGGUACGGCGGCUAGGACGUCGGGCUUCGUGUACAGUCUCGGUUUUCGCUCGUCCGGACCCGUGAAAUGGCCGUCGGGAGAGGGCUCACGACUUCUCCGUGGUCUACCUACUUGGCGGUAAGUAUGCUGAUAAUUGCGUUCAACCACGGUAUCUCCGUCGGUGUCCAUUGGGAUCUCUGGAGCAGGUUCAUUCUCUAAUAUGAGCUCGUCUUCUUCAGGCCACAACCCAUCUAUUUCAUCACAAUCACCGGGAUUUCUUUCUUGUCCCAGUUGCCGAGGACUAUUCCAGCGCGAAUUCACCUCUUUAAUGAACCUUAUCCAUGAGGUUUUGUCAAGCAGUUUACCCUUAGUUAUCCUCUGUAGAAGCCAAUGAGAGUGUCUACCAAACAUGGUAUAGACUUCUGACCGAUGGACGUGUCGCGGCGACAGGGAAGGAUUCGUAUUAUUCGCACGAAAGUGUUUCAAGUUUUCUUCAAGAUAUUUGGACACGAGCCACCUUGGAGUGCGUUCUCGGAGAGGCGUAUGUUCAUUUUGCUUAACUACGUUUGCUAUUGCCCUAUAACAGCUCCAUUUCGAUAAAAAGACUCUUGAAAGAGCGUAGGACUGCACGUGCAGAGAUCGAAUUAUGAACUCAUGUUCGACCUUUGAUGCGUCUCGAGAGACAAUACUGAAGACAGUAGAAGUGUCUAAUCCCCUCGGUUCGAAUAGGAGUGUCCCACAUACUUUGACUUUAAUUUUGAAGUGAGGACUGAAAAAAUACUGUUUCUCCAAUGUUCUCUCCAUCUUCUGGCACAGAUCGGCACGCAAUCUUCCAGUGCCCUCGUCAGAUAGAUAGGAUUUGUUUGCCGCUGUCAGUGUUAACACGCCCAUGAAUUUGACUGGCCCUUUAUCUCUAUAUUUUUUGUUGUCGACAUAGUCAAGACCAAUGAUUUCAUUUUUUUGUCUAAACAAUACUGAAUUUAGACUCAGGCUCUUCCUUGAGCCUAGCCGGGGAUUAAGCAAAUCUGCAACAUCAUAUGGUCCAAAGUGUUCAGCUUGUAGUCUCUCAGGAAGUGGGAGCAUAGGUAGU